UGCCACUGAGCUAAAUCCCCAGCCCCUCAUGUUUGUGUUUUCAUAGAUAACCAAAAAACAUUCAUUGGGGCCAUGUGUCAAGAAUUCUACUGUACUACUGAAGGAAACGAAUUUCAAAUAAAAGUAACUUUGUAAUGAUUGCUCAAAUGAAAUUAAUUGACUACUGAGACUGUAGUUUCCUCUGUAUAUAUCCUUCGUGUAUAGCUGGGGCAUACUUCUUAUGUAGGUACAAUACAUGAAAAAAAAGUUGCACAAAAAUAACUGGGCUUUAGUUCCUGUUACUUAAUAGCUGGGUGACUUUGGCCACUGUAAGAUUUGGUUUCCUAAUGUUUGAAAUAAGGAAACUAGUUUGUGAUCUAGUUGUUUCCCAAGGUUGCUGGGGCUCUGAAAUAAAAUGAACAUACAAAGCCAGGCAUGAUGGCAGAGAUCUGCAAAAUGCUGAGCCGGGAGAAUCAAGCCUACCCUGGGCAACCUCACAACUUAGUGAGACCUUGCUUCAAAACAAAGAGAAGCACAGAGAGAGUUACCUAGGUUCAGUCCACACAAAAAUACACAAGUUACUGAGCACAUUUAAGACUGUGUUGACUCACAGGCACCAACUCCCCCUAACAUUGUUGUGUUUGUGCAUGUGUGCACAAACACAUGUGCCAGAAAUUGAACUCAGGGCCUCGUGCAUGCUAAGAACUCAGUCCAACUCUGAGCAGCACCCCUAGCCGACAUUACUGGUUGUAGACCUUAUGAAAUCAAGUGGAGAGGAAACUUGUCCUGUGUCAAUAGGGGAACCUCUUGCUAAGCUUGGAGCUGGGGUAGAAACUCACCAUCCAUUAACAGAACUGCCUAAGAGCAGAACCACAACUCCCAGCAUGCCUUGCUCCCGAACGCGUAAUAGGACCCCCUCCCCUUCCCCACUGCCCAGAAACUACAACUCCCAGGAGGCCUCGCGGCGCCCCACCAUCCGCUUUCUCCCGCCCCCGGCUGCCUCCCUCCCUCCCCCCGCCACCAGAGGCACCGUGGCCGGCUCGGUCCCGCGGCCAGCCGAGCGGGCGCGCGCGCCGGGGGUCGCGCGGCUGCCAAGGAGGGCGAGUGCGCGCCGGGAGGGAGUGGAGGCGUAGGGGGGCGGGGGUAGGGCUCGCCUGCUCGCAAGAUGGCGGACGAGGACGGGGAAGGGAUUCACCCCUCAGCCCCUCACAGGAACGGAGGCGGCGGCGGCGGUGGGGGGUCUGGGCUCCACUGCGCCGGGAACGGUGGCGGCGGAGGCGGCGGCCCGCGGGUCGUGCGCAUCGUCAAGUCCGAGUCCGGCUACGGCUUCAACGUGCGGGGCCAAGUGAGCGAGGGCGGGCAACUGCGGAGCAUCAACGGGGAGCUGUAUGCGCCGCUGCAGCAUGUGAGCGCCGUGCUGCCCGGGGGGGCGGCCGAUCGGGCCGGGGUGCGCAAGGGGGACCGCAUCCUGGAGGUGAACGGCGUGAAUGUUGAGGGGGCGACACACAAGCAGGUGGUGGACCUGAUCCGAGCAGGCGAGAAGGAAUUGAUCUUGACAGUGUUAUCUGUACCUCCUCACGAGGCAGAUAACCUAGAUCCCAGUGACGACUCGUUGGGACAAUCUUUUUAUGAUUACACAGAAAAGCAAGCAGUGCCCAUAUCGGUCCCCACAUACAAACAUGUGGAGCAGAAUGGUGAGAAAUUUGUGGUAUACAAUGUUUACAUGGCAGGGAGGCAGCUGUGUUCUAAGCGGUACCGAGAGUUUGCCAUCCUACACCAGAACCUAAAGAGAGAGUUUGCCAACUUUACAUUUCCUCGACUUCCAGGAAAGUGGCCAUUCUCAUUAUCAGAACAACAGUUAGAUGCCCGACGUCGGGGUUUGGAAGAAUAUCUAGAAAGAGUUUGUUCAAUACGAGUCAUUGGUGAGAGUGACAUCAUGCAAGAAUUCCUGUCAGAAUCAGAUGAGAACUAUAAUGGUGUAUCUGAUGUAGAGCUGAGGGUAGCGUUACCGGAUGGAACAACAGUUACGGUCAGAGUGAAAAAGAACAGUACUACAGACCAAGUAUAUCAGGCUAUUGCAGCAAAGGUUGGCAUGGACAGUACAACAGUGAAUUACUUUGCCUUAUUUGAAGUGAUCAAUCAUUCCUUCGUACGUAAGCUGGCACCUAAUGAAUUUCCUCAUAAACUCUAUGUCCAGAAUUAUACAUCAGCUGUGCCAGGCACCUGCCUGACCAUUCGAAAGUGGCUUUUUACAACAGAAGAAGAAAUCCUCUUAAAUGACAAUGACCUUGCUGUUACCUACUUCUUUCAUCAGGCUGUUGACGAUGUGAAGAAAGGUUACAUCAAAGCAGAAGAAAAGUCUUACCAAUUACAGAAGCUGUAUGAACAAAGAAAAAUGGUCAUGUACCUCAACAUGCUAAGGACUUGCGAGGGCUACAAUGAAAUCAUCUUCCCCCACUGUGCCUGUGAUUCCAGGAGGAAGGGGCACGUUAUCACAGCCAUCAGCAUCACGCACUUUAAACUGCACGCCUGCACUGAGGAAGGACAGCUAGAGAACCAGGUCAUAGCAUUUGAGUGGAAUGAGAUGCAGCGGUGGGACACAGAUGAAGAAGGAAUGGCCUUCUGUUUUGAAUAUGCUCGAGGAGAGAAGAAACCCCGAUGGGUUAAAAUCUUCACACCUUAUUUUAAUUACAUGCAUGAGUGCUUCGAGAGGGUGUUCUGCGAGCUCAAGUGGAGAAAAGAGAACAUUUUCCAGAUGGCGAGGUCACAGCAGAGGGAUGUGGCCACCUAGCCUUCUCUUAUCCCCUUCCCUUCUUCUUGCCUUCAUCCUCUUAUCCCUUUCAUCUCUCUUGUCAGACAGAGUAACCAUUAACACAAAAGAACAGAUAAAGGAAAAAAAGUCAUUACAUUCAGAAGCCCUAAACUAAAUAUUAUUAAUAACUCCCUCUGGAAUUGAGCUGGUAGAGAACAACAGAUUGGUCAGUACCAGAGGUCCACUGAGAUAAGACAGGAAGAGAAGUAAGCCCGCCCUACUCGCCAAAGGUAUCUUUGUCCUUUCACCUCGGCCUCACACCGCAGACACUCCUGUACUAUAUUUUUAAAACUGGAACUAUGAACUUCAUCCAUUUGCACUGUUCAGACAUAUAUAUGUAUGUAUGUAAAAAACUAUAUAUACACAAAUCAGCUGCACGUAUAUACAUAUAUAUAUUUCUUUUUAAAUUUCAUAUUGAUGGCAGUACCUUUUUUAGCUUGUGUUUUUACACACCUUUCACUAGAAUUCAUGACCUCUCUCUUGCUCUCUUUAUUUUGAAACAAACUUUAAAAAGGAAAAAAAAAAUUUACAGGAAAAAUACCUCUCCUCAUGAAGGACUCGAAAAGUUUACAACCUGCUUGGGUUUUCCCCCCUUUUUUGUGUUGAGUGCAGUUUCUGGCUCAUGGUUGCUGUCGAGUCUGAGGAGCAAGGAGUGUAGUGUCUUUAUCUUCUAAGAGGGCACUGGGAGGAGAAACAGGUGUGUUUCUCACGGGCACAAGGCUGCGAUCUGCAGAGAGAGUCUGAAGACCUGGUGUGGUCUCUUGAUUUCAAGACAGUUUCCUGGUCCGUCUCUCUCCCCCUCAUAGCUUUCUGGCCCAUUCUGUACUCUUUCCUUCUUCCUUGGGGCCUCUGGUUGCUUUUCCUCAGCUGCCCAGGGCAGAGUUGAUGCCACAGAAACCCAAAACGCUUCAUGGUAGUAAUUGCUGAUCUUGCCUUUUCUGCAGCAGGGAUGGCAUUAGGGACCAGAGUAAAGCUGAUACCUGAGGCACAAAGGUUAGAUUUGCGGAGGGAAAAGAAAGGAAGCGAUGUCUUGUGUACAUAAGGCUUUACUUAGUCUGUUCCUGAACAAUAACCGCCCAUAACUAUUACACUCUCUGUGACAUCCUUAAACAGCAGUGUUGGGAAGGGACCUAACAGUAUCUUCAAGACCUUAGGGAAACUUAGGUCUGUUGUCUGUGCCAACCAAACUAUAGCCCUGUCCAAGCCAGCUGAGGACCUAGGAAGGACUGGGAAUAUGGUCAGUUUUAGCCACAUCUCUACCUUUUGUUUAAAAGGAGACUGAAGGAAAACCUUCGUAUUCCUCAAGGAGUUGCUCGUCUGACCUUGCAGUUAGGACUUUUGAGACCUACAAGCUACAACCCAGGAUCAGAGACCAGGGCUGAAGCAUAAGGCAACAUUCCCAGCCCCUGAGCUCCAUACCCAUUACAUAAAGAGAACUAAGUCCAGUUCAGGUGCAACUGAAACAUAUCUAUGAACCUUUUUUUUUUUUUUUUGGCUCCCUUUCACCUUCAGAAGAGAAACCUCCUUAGGUUUUUCUCAAGAUAUUCUCUGCCUUGUCUAGCUGGGAGGCAGUCAGAAUUGGUUAUAGUCAGUUCCACUGAGCAGUGUUGGGGUGGUUUGAAGUUUCUGCUUUGUAACUUGUUUUGCAGUUCAUUGUGGGGCCAUUUUUCUUUGUUUCUCACUGUUAUCCUAGUGGCCGUAGGCCCCCAGGGAGGUGUGAAAUUGUAUAAAACAUCCUAUCCUUCCCACUUCUCCAAAUCCAAUCUAUGAAGAAUCACAGAUUUCAGAACACUAGAAUGCUGAAUGUUUAACAUUAAAGAGGGUAAUCCCUGCUUUGAAGGCUUUAUUUAAUACAGGAUCAACUCCUUCUCUUGGCUUAAAUGAAUUUAAUAAUAAGCCAGAGGUCCUUAUAAAGAAGAUAGGUUGAUUUCCCACUCCAAGACGCUAACGAGGCUUUUGACACCAGCUUUGUUCAGAAUAUAAAAAGAGCAGCAGUGCAUCCCCACUCUCAUAGUGGGAGAGGAAUGAACAGGUCCUUCGCCUGCAUAGCAUCCAGUUGGUGUUUGGAGAUUGGGUGAGGGGCCCCAUGAAUAGUUAGCCUGUUGGUAGGAUCUGCUUAAAACCGGCUUUUACUGGAAGCCGUGCCACUAACAAAGCACCCAGCUGCAGUAAGGAGGGAGACCCUAUAGGAUGGUGCCUUCUUUCUCACAUCAGGCCUCCGGCAGUGGAGGCAGAGGUCAUUGUGGCAGCAGAGGUCCAUAGGAUCAAGCUCUUCUUUGCAUGAAGCAGUGUUAGGUGUAACUCUACUUCCCCCUCAUCCCUUGUACUUUCUUUCUGUAAUCCCUACUACUUUCCUCAGUCCUGGCUUCUGCCCAGGGAGGUGUCUACCCAGUCUUCUUUUACAGUUUGACAUCGAAAAAAGAGGACCCCCCCCCCUCGCCCCCAGCUUCACUCCAACAAAGUCAGCAGGAUCUUCCUGGUUUCUCACUGUCAUCCCCUGCACACUGGAUUUCUGUCCUGCGGGGCAAAAGCUUAGAGUUUUUAUGGAACAAGAGGAAGUUGAGCCCCUGAGGAGCCUGUCUCUGUAGAAAGGUUCCCUUGGGCCAUACUUUGAGCUCUCUGCUUUUCAUACUUUUACUUGAUUCUUUAUCUUUCUGGCCUCCCUUGCCCCAGGCAUAAGCUCUGCACAGGUACAGAUAUGUAUGUGCUCAGAGUGGCUCUAGGCCUGGACAGAGCUUUUAGUGAGGAAUUAGAUAAAUAUUCCAGUGUCCUCAUGCUGGCCAUUUCAUGUCAUCCUUUAGUUACCUUGGCCAACAGCUUUUGGUUAUCUCUCCUAGCUUCAAACCCAGUGACCGGGGCACAAACAGGAGGUGUGGCAGACGACCUCUGUCUCAUCUCAGAUUUGCCAACUAUGGGCCUGGCUGAGAAGCAGUUUUCUUAAAGGGAACUGCUUGCUAGGUGACCUGAAGUCUCCAGGCCUAGAGGACCACUGUGCCCUCUUUUCUGUCUGUUACACUGUCUGGCUAGACUGAUGUAGCGGAGACCUCAGCAUACUGCUGUUCCUUCACCAGCGUCAUUGGGUCACACCAGCUUCCUUUCGGAGGGGAUGUGUGGCUGACUACUACUCAGCGAAGGAAGGAAGGAGAAUGCAGGCAGUGGGAGUGCUUCUGUGGCCUUCAUCUUCCAGUUCUACCUGCUGUUCUCUUCCCCUAACCCUGAUCAUACAUUGCCAGGACAGCAGUAGUUCACUCCUCAGCAAUAAGCUCGGGUGUAUUGAAAGUUAGGCUCUGGGGAGGAACAGAACUGAAGAGGGGAGUGAUGUAGGGUGAGGCACUUGACCAACUGCUAAACUUAGACAGCAAUUUUCUAUCAUGCCCCCUUUUAAGCUGGUGAGCUGGGCUUCAGUUUUUCCCAGGUCAUGCACACUUUUAAUUUAUUUGAGAGAAACUCUAGCUGUAUUUUCACUCUAGUAUCUUGUAUUUUUUAUUUGUGAUUUAAGAAAUGUGAAGAGAAAAUACACAGACAUAUAAUGGCUAACAGUGUUUCUUCAUUCCUUGUUCUAGAGCUAACCACUCCAAAAAUUGUUUGGUAACGUCACUUAGUGUAAUUAAUUGUAACAUAUUCUUUUAAAUAAAUUGAUUUAUUGAUGAAACAA